CGAAAAAUCAAACACCACAACAAAGCCGACGACUUUGAAAUUAAAAAAUAAAAGCAAAAAGCAGCAAAAAAGCCCUAAUCUUUAUCAUACCCGCUUCAAUUCAAUUCUUCUAGUCGCCGUUACUGCAAUUCAGGAAUGUGGAUAUGUGUGGUAAGUGGAACAAAAACGGGUACGAGGAAAACUACCUGUGGUGAAAUACACAAGGUAUCUAUGUUCCUGUACCACGAUAUGGAACAAUGUACACACUUCGCGGAAGGCAGGACAACAUGAAUUCAGUCGUAACCUUUUUGGCUCAAGCCAAAUGAUUAAUACAUCAAAAUGAGCCGUCCUCAGGAACCACAGCGACCAUCCUUCCCCUUUGGAAACCCAUUUCGCAAUAUAUUACCUAAGGGAUCAUAUCUCUCCCCGAGGUUGCUUGCUCUUGUAAAUAAAUUUGAGGAAACCUUGGCAGAGAGACUUAGAAAGCUUACACCAAAGGACAGAGAAGAUGUCUUGACCUUAUCUUGGAUGAGAUGUGCAAUGGAGUCGCUUUGCGAUAUUCAUGCUGACAUAAAAGCGUUAAUAACUGCCCUUGAACUUCCUGUAUCUGUCUGGGAUGACAAAUGGAUUGAUGUAUACUUGGACAAUAGUGUUAAGCUCCUUGAUAUAUGCAUUGGAUUUUCGGCGGAGCUUUCACGGCUCAACCAAAGCCACCUCUUCCUCAGAUGUGUCUUGCACAACUUUGAUUCUAUGCCUUCUGACCAAUUUAUUCGUACACGUUCUUCACUUGAUGGCUGGAAACAGCACAUUACUUCAAAGAAUUUAAGAACUGAGAAUUGCUUUACUAUCUUGGAUAAUCUUGUCGCAACACUUGACGAACCGAAAGUUAAAAACUCAUCCAAAGGGAAAGUAUUGAUGCGAGCCAUGUAUGGUGUUAAGGUAGUUACUGUAUUUGUCUGCAGAAUAUUUGCUGCUGCCUUUUCAGGUUCUGGGACAAAGCUGAUGGAUUUACAGGUUCCGGAAAAGUACUUGUGGGCAGAGGCUUAUACAGGUUUGCAGGCUUUUGUCAAUGUAGAAGUAAGAAAUUCAUGUAUCUCUGGCCGUGUUACUGCAUUGAAAGAACUUCAGGCAGUUGAUAUAAUUGUCAAAAAGAUGUACCCCCUAGUUGAAGAUGGUACCAAUUCCAUUGAAUCUGAAGAGUUCAAGGAUUGCAUUUCAGACUUAAGGAAGAGUGCAGCUAAAUUUUCGGAUGGUGUAGAUAUUCUUUUGAAGGAAGUGGAUGGCUUCUUCCAAAUUCUUCUGUCCGGACGUGAUGCCUUGCUUUGUAGCCUCAGAGCAGGCUCUGAUGUUUCUAUCCCUAUGCAGAUGAACAACAUCACUGAACAAGUCGCAAGGUAAAUUUGGGGGUGUAGGUUGGAGGUUCAAUGUAAUCUAGUUAUUAGAAAAGUAUAGUACACAGGGAAGAAUAGAUAUUGUGAAGGUAGUUAGUUGUAUUUCAGAUGUAUUUGCAUACUAAUCUACUGUCAGUUGUAUGUUAAUGGUCUUAAAUGUUUGUCCUAGGCUUUAUCUGUACUUUUGAGUAGGGAUAAAGUAAUUACAAUUGUAUCUUAUAUUUCCCUUUGUUGUUGUUGGCAUUGGAGUAAUGCGAUAUUCUGACACUUGAGGUUUAUUUCAGCUUAUAUUUGCUCUCA